ACGAGUCAUGUUUUUUCUUCCGGUCCGAACAGACCGCCGUUUCAGUAUCUGCGGGAUCGACGGCGAAGAUGGUAGAUGAAGCUGGUGACAGGUUCGUAGGCCGAAUUAUUCUCCGCACCGUUCGCGAGAUCCGAUGCCUCUUCGGCGAGGGAAACGUCGCCGGGACGCAUCGUCGCGACGCGAUAUCCAUCGCCGUCGAAACCACAUUAACCUCAAAAGAUGAGUCCUUUAGUGUUGCCAUUAUCAGAGAAGUAUACGACAGUGAAAAUGCUCAUGAGACAUUUGAAUAUGAGCUAGAAAGAGCGUUAGAAUCAGAAUGCAGUUUAAUUGUUAUCGAACCAUCGAAAUUAGGUGACGAAACCUCUAGAUGGAUAGCAGUGGGAAAUUGUCUUCACAAGACCGCUGCGUUGUCAGGUCUUACCGCAAUCAUUACAGGAAUACUCUGGGGCGAUCGGCCAUACAUUUGUGGGCCACUAGGUUUUAUAGCAGUCAUAUCUUGUGGAUUAUAUACAGUCUCUUGGCAAUUUGAUCCUUGUUGCCAAUAUCAAGUAGAGACUGAUACUUGCAAAUUACCACAUGUAGAGCUGUUAGCUGUUCUAGGUCCUUCGUCUCCCACAUUUCUAGUAAGGAAAGAUGAUACAAGGAGACGAAUUCUUCACACGACUAUUACAUUGGCAGCUCUCAGCAUUACUGCCUGGAGAGUGUAUCAGGCGUUUAAAUGAGAAAGUUAUUACUGGCAUUGAUUUUGUCUUAAGCCAGAACAAAACAAUAAGGUAAAUACUGCUUAUGUGAUCUGACUAAACUACAUAAAUGCAAGUAAAAGCCAGAUUUUAUUCAAGUUUUUACAUUGGCAUGUCAUUUCCUUAAGAUUUUACAUUGUUAUAUUCUUUAAUCUCCAUCUGGGAAAAAUUGUAAAAGAUAAUUGUAUUACAAAAGUUGCAAAAACCAUAUAUACAUACAUACAUACAUUUAUAUAUAUAUAUAUAUAUAUAUAUAUAUAUAUAUAUGUAUGUAUGUAUGAAUAUGUAUAUAUGUGUGUGGCGUGUGUGUGUGUGCGCGCGCGCGCAUGUAUGCAAUUUCUAAAACUGGAGAAAAAAGAUAUUGACAUAAGUGUUCUUAGAAUUAUGAAAUUUGCAACAGUACAUAUGGAUUUAGCAUGUAUUUUUAGAUUGUAAAUAUAAAAUAGGUAGAGAGAGAAUAAAAAGAAACACACACAGUAUGUAUGAUAUCAAGGA